GACUAAAUGAAUUUUGUUGUAAACAUGAACUAUGGCUCUGUCGCAUCAGUGGUAUAUUCAUUGGUCCUCACCACCUCUUCUCUUUGAUGAUAUAAGUUCACAAUACAAAAGUGUGAACCCAUUUUUAAAUUCACGUGAAAGAGAUUUCAACCGUUUUCAUUAUGUCGGAAGAAAGUAUGCACAAAGUGAAAGAAAUUCAUAUUUGGUUAAACAUGAGAGUGUAUAUGACAGUUUUCGUAAAAAACGGCCAGUUAUUGAGAAGCCUCGGUUACCAGGCGUGACUCUGUGGCUAACUAUGCUAGGGCUGGCAACGUCUCAAUAUCUACCUGCCGACGUGGAGACACCGCCCUUUAGCACUCUUUACAAAUGGAAACAGAUUGAUUUCGAAUUCCCAUCAGAAGCAGCGAGAUACCAAGCAUUGGCUAACAGAGACUACGUACCUGAAAAUGUACUGCCACUGGGUCUUGAAAUAUGGGGCUCCCGUAUAUGGGUAACCCUGCCAAGCUGGAGACGUGGCGUCCCUGCUACUCUUGCAACUGUGCCUCGAUUUGGCGGCAGUAGCUCCCCUCGCCUUGUGCCAUAUCCUGAUUGGAGUUAUCACAGAGCAUUUAACAUGAAACAAAAAUGUUCCGGACUGACUUCAGUGUUCAGAGUGAACGUCGAUGACUGCGGGAGAUUGUGGGUCCUUGAUUCGGGCCAAAUUGACUCACAAGAUGAUCCAAAACAAAUUUGCCCACCCAGUAUUGUUGUUUUCGAUUUAAGAACAGACCAACUACUAGCUCGUUACAUAAUACCUGAGAAGUAUGUGCUGCAAGAUUCACUAUUCUCCAACAUUAUUGUGGACACAAGAACCAUAGACUGUUCCGACCUGCACGUCUACAUAGCAGAUACCUGGCGGUUUGGUCUUUUAGUGUUUCGCGAGAGUGAUAAAAAAUUCUGGAGGUUUUCUCAUCAUUUAUUCUACCCUGAUCCAUUAGCAUCCAACUAUACUCUUCAUGGGGUUAAUUUCCAAUGGUCUGAUGGGAUAUUUGGUCUUGCUUUGUCCCCUCUGUAUAAUUACGAAGACCGAAUAUUAUUCUUCCACGCAAUGUCCAGCUACAGAGAAUUUUAUGUAAAGACAUCUGUUCUUCGUGAUCUCCAUGGUGUGAACAAGAGUGUUAAUGAAUUCAAUCUCGUUGGAGAUAGUCGAGGGCUGAACGGCCAAUCGUCUGCUUCCACGAUCGAUCGUCGAGGAGUCAUGUUUUAUGGGUUGGUAACUAGAGACAGUAUAGGGUGCUGGGAUACAAGGAAACCAUACGAUGGUAAAACAAUGGGUGUUGUCGCAAUGAAUGCAGAUACAUUGAUAUUUCCAAACGACAUUAAAGUGGACCAGGAUAAGCGACAGAAUGUUUGGGUAAUAUCCAAUAGGCUGCCGAUGUUCCAGGAUGGCUUGUUAAACCCUGGAGAUUACAACUAUCGGAUAAUGUUUGCAGAUACUAUUGAAGCGGUGAAGGGAACUGUUUGCGAUCCGAGCAUUCUUUCCUUGCACAGUUUAUCCCAAACACGAAAAUUGUUGCCAUAAAUAAAAAAGCGCAUUUUUUUCAGAUCAUUAAACUCAUGUUUAAAAUUUAAAUAGUUAUUGAUGUAAACUGAAAAAAUAGCACAUUAAAUUACCAACUGAAAACCAUUCUAACAUCAAAAGAAAUCUCGUAAUUGAUACUUUUAAGAUACUUUCUGUUUUAGCUAUCUUAGGUAAUCUAUGCAAAAGUUAUAUUUUUUUUGUAAUCAAAACAUUAUUGAUCUCAUCAAAAGUUUGACAGUAAAAAUUAAUUUAUACUUAUAUGAAAGCCUAUGUUCGUUUUUGUUAAGUAUUUUUCAUAACACUUUGCUCAUGUUAAAUAAAAGGAUUUAAAUUUAAAACAGUGAUCAAAUGAGAAAUAAUUUUAAAACUUUUGAAUAGAGUUUUUAAAAUAUAAUUAUUAUUAGUUAGGAUGAAAAACAGGGGUGAACAAUAUAAUAUAAGUCUGAUCAAAUUAAAUUUGAUACUUUCGUCAUUAUAAUAUUGUGAAUGUAAAUAAAAAUCAAUACUACUUUGUUCACUUAGGUGAAAGAAAUGACACUUAUGAAUAAAAAAGCUAUUAUACUUUUCGUAAAAUUUUGAGCCUUUUUUUAGCGUUUGAGAAGAAGUGGCAGGAAAGUCAUUGCCAUCACUUAAAACACUAUUUACAGCUUCAUCGUUUCAUUUAAUUAUAAUAUAUGUCAAGUUGCGCAAUAAAAAUACUCAAUUAUAAAAAUGAGUAAUUUAAAUAAAAUUGAAUAAAAACGUGUGUGUACGCACUUAAGAAGUUAUACUUCUUUGGCCUAUUACGUUUUUUGAAAGAACAAUUUUGUAAAAAUCUUGCAAAGAUGGCUUUGACAAUUUAUUAUUAAAUAAUGAAUACGGCUGUAUGGGCUUGAACUCUUUGCCUGUCCUAUUAUGGACGAAGAAACCAAAAAAGAAUAACGAAUGACGCAAACGUCAGAUAGGAACCAACUCAUCAUUUUUUCAUAACCCGCCUAAAGAAGUAUAACUUCGACACAACCACAAGAGUUAUUGGGUACAGAUGCAUCAAUCUACACACAUUGUAAAUAAAUAAAGGUUUAGUGCUUAGAAUAUGGAUUGGUCUCCGCUGCGCUCCAAUUAGAUACCGCACAACCUAAGAACAACAGCUUUAUUAUUACGGCAAUGCGUGGCUUCUUGACACUCAAUGGCAUCUUUCAAAUUUUGUAACAUACGCGUGUUAAUUUACAUUGAAAUUAAAAAAAUAUAAAAUACUUACUGAUGAUAUGUGAUCCCAGUGUCUUUCGUAUUUCUUGUAGUAUUGUUUUUACAAAGUUUUACUCUGCAACCCGGCAUUUUAGUUUCAAUUAUUAGCAAAGUUUAACACAACAUGUGGCACGUCACACAUUGAGACUGGCUCGGGUAUACUUGUGUGUAGUAUUAGUUGCCGCACUUCGCGACUACGCCUGAGGUAUCUAAUUGGAGCGCAGCGGAGACCAAUCCAUAUUCUAAGCACUAAACCUUUAUUUAACAACAUGAACCGAUGACAAUCCAACCACCACAAUUAGCAGUAUUGUCUGAUAAAAUCAGGUUUUAUGUCAGAUAGAGCCAGCGUAAGUAAAUGUUUAUAUUAUAUACAAUGUGUACAAUAAAAUAUUAAUAUUA